AUGGCAGUAAGGAAGCCUUUAAAAGAAUUUACAACGCCGCUUGGCUCCGGUGCAGGUGUACCAAAGGAUAAGCGACCACCAAAGGUUACUGACUCAUCAGCACGUCUUGCACGAGCAUUCAAGGUUCCAUUUAAGACGCGUCCAGGAACCGAUCCAGGUUUUGGCUCAUCAUCAUCAUCAUCAUCAUCAUCAUCUAUGUUAUCUUCUUCGAAUGGAUUACCACAUCGGCCCGUACGGUCUACUAGAAAGUAUACAAACUAUGCAGUUGACGACAUAGAACUUGUUCGGGAUGACGAUGACAACACAGUUGAUGAGAAUGGUGAAAUUGUACGCAGGAAAAAAUUUGGGGCUUUAUUGCCACGAUCCUUGAUAAACUCAGAUAAUCUAGCUAAAAAUGAAACGAAAUUCAAAAAAUCAUUUACAGUGCCAUUCAAGAAAGAUAAUGCCAAAAGAGAGGAGAUGAUUAGUAGAGCAGUUCCGCCACCGCCAUUAGGCACAAAGGUUCGGCCAAUUCUUCCACCAAGGGCUUUACACGAUCCAAUGAGUGAGUUUGCUAUAGUGUUGUAUGAUCCUACUGUAGAUGUGAUACCCAAAAUUGAAGACGAGAACGGAGAAGAGAAGGAUAAGGAUAAAGAGGCAGACACGUCUACUGAGAGUGCUGCAGGUGCAGCAUUGCUGAGCUCUCCUCCGUUAUCAUCUGAAUCUUCUGGAAUUGAAGAACGACCAGCAAAGAGGAGAAAGACACAUAGAUCAUUGGCUGAGAUCUUGGGUAUUGUAACUAACCCCGAGGAACAAAUGCGUAAAUUCCCCAAUGUGCCUGUUGUUAUUGAUCCCAAAUUGGCCAAGAUCCUUAGACCGCAUCAAAUUGCUGGUGUGAAAUUUUUGUAUCGAUGUACUGCUGGUCUUCAAGACCCUAGAGCUAAGGGCUGUAUAAUGGCUGAUGAAAUGGGGUUGGGUAAGACAUUGCAAUGCUUGACUUUGAUGUGGACCUUGUUGCGUCAAUCGCCAAGAGGGAAGCGGACGAUUGAAAAAUGUAUUAUUGUUUGUCCUUCGUCAUUGGUUAGAAAUUGGGCCAAUGAAAUUGUUAAAUGGUUGGGUGAAGGUGUGUUGACACCACUUGCCGUUGAUGGGAAAAGUACAAAGUCCAAUGAUUUGGGGUUGGCUUUGCAACAGUGGUCAACCGCGCAGGGAAGGAAUAUCGUGAGGCCAGUGUUGAUUAUAUCGUAUGAGACGUUGAGAAGAAAUGUUGACAAAUUGGCCGGUACUGAAGUUGGAUUAAUGUUGGCUGAUGAAGGUCACAGAUUAAAAAACGGUGACUCGUUAACUUUCACAGCAUUGAACUCUUUGAGGUGCGAGAGGAGAGUGAUAUUAUCUGGUACACCCAUUCAAAAUGAUUUAUCUGAGUACUUUUCAUUGCUUAAUUUUGCCAAUCCUGGGUAUUUGGGUACAAGAAAUGAUUUUAGACGGAAUUUUGAAAAUGCAAUAUUGCGAGGCAGAGAUGCCGAUGCCACCGAUAAGGAGCGUGAGAAGGGUGAUCAAAAAUUGUCCGAACUAUCGCAAUUGGUUUCCAAGUUCAUUAUUAGAAGGACAAAUGAUAUCUUGUCCAAGUAUUUGCCCGUUAAAUACGAGUACGUGCUAUUUACUGGUUUAGCGCCUAUGCAGAAGAAAUUAUACCAUCAUUUCAUUACUUCGCCAGAGAUCAAGAAAUUGUUAAAGGGAAUAGGAUCGCAGCCUCUUAAGGCGAUUGGUAUGUUAAAGAAGUUGUGUAAUCAUCCCGAUUUGUUGAAUUUACCGGAUGAUAUUGAAGGUUGCGAUGACUUGAUUCCCGAGGAUUAUGUUUCUUCGAUUCAUGGUCAUGGUGGGGGAGGUAGAAACCGAGAGAUUCAAACGUGGUUCAGUGGGAAAUUUCAAGUAUUGGAGCGAUUCUUGCACAAGAUUAAGCGCGAGACUAACGAUAAGAUUGUUCUCAUUUCAAAUUAUACACAAACAUUAGAUUUGAUUGAAAAAAUGUGCCGAUAUAAAAAGUAUGGUGCGUUAAGACUAGAUGGUACGAUGAAUAUUAACAAGCGUCAGAAAUUGGUUGAUAGAUUCAACGAUCCAGAUGGAGCUGAGUUUAUAUUCCUUUUAUCGUCAAAGGCUGGUGGAUGCGGUAUCAAUCUUAUUGGAGCCAAUCGUCUUGUUCUCAUUGAUCCAGACUGGAAUCCUGCUUCUGACCAACAGGCACUUGCCAGAGUAUGGAGAGAUGGCCAAAAGAAGGACUGUUUUAUCUAUAGAUUUAUUUCUACGGGAACAAUCGAAGAAAAGAUUUUCCAGCGUCAAUCAAUGAAAAUGUCGCUUAGUUCAUGUGUUGUUGAUGAGAAAGAGGAUGUUGAAAGGCUUUUUAGUGCAGAUAAUUUGAGACAGUUGUUUCUUUUCCAACCAGAUACCGAAUGUGAUACACAUGAUACAUACAACUGUAAGAGGUGUCACAAGGAUAAAGGGCAAACUAUCAAGGCGCCAGCUAUGCUUUAUGGUGAUGCCACUACCUGGAAUCAUAUCAAACAUGAUAGGCUAAAGAGUAACGAGGAUUCAUUAGUUGCCGAUGAGGCCAACUAUAAUGACAUUUCUUUUGCUUUCCAGUAUAUUUCACAUUAG